GGACAUCCUUUUGGUCUUCCAAAGCUAUUUUACUUUCUCUGUGGGCAUACUGAGUGUUAACAUGCCUCCAAUGAACCGCCCAGCUCCUGUGGAAGUCACGUACAGGAACAUGAGAUUUCUGAUUACGCACAGCCCAACCACGGCAACCUUAACCAGAUUUCUAGAGGAGCUUAAGAAAUACAGAGUGACCACAAUAGUAAGAGUGUGCGAAGCGACUUACGACACUGCUCUUGUGGAGAAGGAAGGCAUCCAGGUUGUGGACUGGCCUUUUGACGAUGGCUCGUCACCUUCCAAACAGAUUGUCGAUGAUUGGUUAAGACUUGUAAGCAUUAAAUUCCGUGAAGAACCUGGCUGUUGUAUCGCCGUUCACUGUGUUGCGGGGCUUGGCAGAACCCCAGUGCUGAUUGCCCUAGCGUUAAUCGAAAGUGGAAUGAAAAAUGAAGAUGCAGUGCAGCUGAUUCGACAAAAGCGACGUGGAGCUUUUAACAGUAAGCAACUUUUGUAUUUGGAGAAAUACCAUUCUAAAAGGCGGCUGCGCUUUAAAGACUCCAAUGGCCACAGAAACAACUGUUGCGUUCAAUAAAACUUGGCU